AGGGGUGGAUUAUUGUGUCACACAAUAAGCUUCUCAUAAUGAAGGUAUAUAAAGGUAAAAAUGUUACCCAAUAAUUUAUGUUACAAGUAACGCAAUUUUUAAUGUCUUUUUUUUACAGUAGAAGAAUAUUAGAGGUAAAAACUAAAUGGCAACCCCCCUAAUUAAGAUGGUAUCUGCAGGAAUUUGCAUGAUAAGACAGUUAGAGGAUCAGAUGGAGGUGAUGUAGGGAGGAUGUUGGGAGGUCCUCACAACCCGCGGUUGGCACGGUAACUGCUCCGGCGGACUGGUCCAGAGCUGAUGUUGUACGUGAUGUGUGCAGACACCAUGGCUGCUGUGGUUUAUGAUGGGAUAAUCACCAGGACUACAGGUGUUUGUCCAGGUGAGCAGUGCUGAGACAGUCAGCCAGGUGUGUGUAAAGACGUGCCCCAGGUGUGUGUAAAGACGUUGCCCCAGGUGUGCAUCACGCCUCCAGCAUGGUCCUGCACACAGCAGAGUUCGACUCCCCAUUCCUGGGCCGGCUGCACACGGGCGCCUGGGCGCUCAUCUUCCCCUGCUAUUGGUCCAUCAACCACCUGGCCUCGCUAUUCCUCCCGACGGACGACGAGCUGGCCAAUCGCGAGGAGGAUCCGUGUUACGAGCACUUCCUCCAGCUGUCGUUCCUCAUCCCCUUCUACUUGGCCUUAUCCGUGGUGACCGCGCCGCUCGCUCUGAUCGGUUUCGUGGUGUGGGCGCCGCUGCAGGCCCGGCGACACCCGUACGUCUACUCCUGCGCCCCCGACACCAGUAACCACUUUGUGCCUUGGAAACACCCGCGUGUCCACAAGUCGUUCAUCGUGGCCACAGCGAACCUCUGCCUGCUCCCGGAGUGCGCGGCCCGGUAUAACAACCUGCGCAGGACUCAGUGGCGGGCACGGGAAAUCGGGCACCGGGUCGCCAGCUCGCAGACCAGCCCCAAGAUCAACAUCGUGGUGGAGUCCCCGUCCGAGGAGCAGUCGGACUCGGGGGUGGGCGUUCGGCGUGACAUGGACAGUUUCGACUCGCGCGUCAGCAGCCUGCCGUCCUCCAGCCAGUCGGGGAACGUGCACGCGGUCCAGCUCCACGCGGAACCCUCGUGCAGCAGGCACGAUCCGAACAACGCACAGGGAUCGAGCGUCGCCUUCUCAUUGUGCAGCGACAGCAGGAGACCGCCUCCCGUCAUGUGUAACGGCUUCAUCCCCGGCUCACACGCUGGCAACAAGAUGAUCCACAUCAAGAGGCUCCCCACCCUCGACGGAGCCUCUCCCUCCGCACCCCCUCCCUCAGACUCCGCCCCUCCCCCCACCCCCCAGGACCAGUCCGACACGUCCACGGAGGGCACGUUGUCCCCGGUGUCGCCCUCCUCCACCCUGGAGUACAUGACAGCCUGCUCCAGCUUGUACCACACAGCCUGCUCCACUCUUGACUCCGGCAUCGCGGGGCUGGAUGCACGCCCGGACCCCCCGCACCAGCCGCGCCCGGACGUCUCACAUGACAUCCAGGUGGUGUUCCCGUACCAGCUGGACUUCCUGUGCCUGCAGGAGGUGUUCGACAAGCGUGCGGGCGACCGGCUGGCGCGCCAGCUGCACAGGUGGUUCGGGUACGUGGUGCGGGACGUCGGGAACCACUCCCUCACCAGGAACUGUUUCGUGUUGAACAGCGGACUCUUCUUCGCCAGCAGGUAUCCCAUCUUAGACGUAGCCUUCAAACACUUCCCCGAGAAAGCCAAGGAGGAGUAUCUCGCCUGUAAAGGACUUCUCAUGGCCAAGGUGAGUCAUUUCUUUUGAUGGGUUUGUUCAAUGCAGGACCUGUGGACAUUAUA